AUGGCACCCAAAGCUCUCAAAGUUGAGAUAAAAAGCGACAAGGCUGUGAAAAACAUCGUCAAGGUAGACAAGAACAAGCGCUCCAAGAAGAGGAAGGAGAGCUACGGCAUGUACAUUUAUAAGGUCCUGAAGCAGGUGCACCCGGACACUGGAGUCUCCUCCAAGGCCAUGUCGAUAAUGAACAGCUUCGUGAACGACAUCUUCGAGCGCAUAGCUGCCGAAGCUUCUCGCCUGGUCCACUACAACAAGAGAUCGACCAUUACCUCUCGGGAGAUCCAAACGGCUGUUCGGCUCCUACUUCCUGGUGAACUUGCCAAACACGCCGUCUCCGAAGGCACUAAAGCCGUGACGAAAUACACCAGCUCUAAAUAA